AUGCUACUGGACCCUGUCUUUGCCAACACUGCCCUAGUUACGCCCAAGAAAGAGCUACAACGCCAAAUUGAGUCAUCUCUGGAUCAAGAUGAGUCCCUGGAAGAAAUCCUCCAAUUCCUGCAGAACAAGUCUAAAGCCCCGCCCUCAAUCAAACGCGCGUUUAAAGACUACAAAAUGGAAGCUGGAUUGCUGUUCUACCAGGGGCGUAUUGUGGUACCUGAUGUGGGCCCACUAAGGACAGACUUGCUCUGCAUCUUCCACGACAGCCCACUAGCAGGUCACCUGGGUAGGCAACAAACCUUGGAACUAGUGUCACGUAACUACUACUGGCCAGGUAUCCGCGCAGAAACGUAUUGGCACAUGGAUUCCUGUGAAACCUGCCAACAAAUCAGGAAACCAAAGUACGCUCCAAUCCCUCCGCAGCCGCUUGAACUCCCAUCUAGACCAUGGCAACACGUCUCCUAUGAUAUGAUUGUAGACUUACCAAAGGACGGGAACCACGACUCCAUCCUGGUCAUAGUAGACAGCUUCACCAAAUAUGGGGUCUUUGUCAAAUGCUCCAAAAAACUGAAAGCACCCAAGCUAGUGGAGCUGUUCCUGGAACACGUAUGGAAACACCAUGGAAUGCCAGAAAAGACAAUAUCGGAUAGAGGAAGGGUCUUCAAUAAUAAAUUCCUAUGGGCUCUUUACAAACGCCUAGGAAUUGACCCGCACUUCUCAUUGGCAUACCACCCUCAAAGCAACGGCCAAACAGAACAAGUGAACCCCUCCAUUGAACACUUCCUUAGAGCAUACUCAGGGGUCAACCAAAGGGACUGGACCAAAUGGCUCCCCAUGGCAGAGUUUGCCUAUAACAACGCCGUACAUAGCAGCACGGGCAAGACUCCCUUCAAGGCCUUAUAUGGGUGGGAACCCACCCUGACACCAUCCAACGUACCAACAGACGUCCCAGAAGCAGACAAUCUGGCCCAGACCAUGGAAGCACAAUGGAAGGAAGUAGAAUCUGCUCUCCAGCAAUCUAAGCAACAAAUGACAGCUGGAGAAGACGGGAGUCCAACGGAGUUUGAAAUUGGAGAAGAAGUAUGGCUUGACGCCAAAAAUGUCAACUUGAAGACUCUAAGCCCCAAACUAACAGAACGGCGCUUAGGGCCAUUCAAGAUCACCAAGAAAAUCUCCAAUUGCGCUUACAGACUUGAACUCCCACCAACCAUGCGCAUCCACAACAUAUUUUACAUGGGACUACUGUCAAAAGUGAAAAGAGAUGACAAACGCACAUUUGAAAACCAGCCACCUCCAGUCACCGUGGACGGAGAGGAGGAAUAUGAGGUAGAAGGGAUCACAGGCAUGGAAAAAAGGAACAGGCAAUGGUUUUUUAGGGUUAAAUGGAAAGGCUAUGGAUCAGAGGAAAAUACCUGGGAACCAAGGGAAAACCUCAAAAACGCCGAGAAAACCCUGAAAAAAUUUGAAAAAGAAAUGAAGGAAAAGGCCCUUGGCGCUGCCAAAGCCCUUAGAGGGGGGGCAGUGUUGUAG